GUCACAUUUCUUUCUUCUCUCACGUUGGCCCCUCUCUUCACUUCUGACCGUUUAUCCUCUGCUCAGGAGUGAAGCAGGGCAGAGUAGAACGAACAGGUCAAAGAAGAGGAGGGAAGUUUUAUUAUCUAUCACAAUACUUGGUUUUCUCUUCUCGUUUUCUCCUUCUGUGUAAUGGGUUUGAGAGAUUGUAAAUGAGAGUCUCCAUCUUUUGUCUCUCAUCCCAUUAAUGGCAGCUGCAGCAGCAGGGGCAGAGCCACCUCCAGAGGUCUUUUCAUGGCUCAAAACCCUACCUCUGGCACCGGAAUACCACCCAACCUUGGCGGAAUUCCAGGACCCUAUCUCUUACAUUCUCAAGAUCGAGAAGGAAGCCUCCAAGUACGGCAUCUGCAAGAUCGUUCCUCCCCUCCAACCAUCGCCCAAGAAAACUUUUAUUGCUAACCUUAACCGUUCGCUUGCUGCUCGAAACCCUAAUUCUCACCCUAAAUCUCAACCCACAUUCACCACUCGGCAGCAACAGAUCGGGUUCUGCCCGCGGAAGCCGAGGCCGGUUCAGAGACCGGUAUGGCAGAGUGGUGAUACCUAUACCCUCCAGCAAUUUGAAACCAAAGCGAAGCAUUUUGAGAAGACCCACUUGAAGAAAAUUGGGAAAAAGGGGUUGUCGGCGCUGGAAAUUGAAACCCUCUUUUGGAAAGCUAGUGUGGAUAAACCCUUAUCGGUGGAGUAUGCAAAUGACAUGCCUGGGUCGGCCUUUGUGCCGAUUAAUGGGAAGAAGUGGCGUGAAGCAGGGGAAGCAGCUACUGUUGGAGAGUCUGCAUGGAAUAUGAGAGGAGUUUCCAGGGCGAAAGGCUCCUUGUUGAGGUUCAUGAAGGAGGAGAUACCGGGUGUGACUUCUCCAAUGGUUUACAUAGCGAUGAUGUUUAGUUGGUUUGCUUGGCAUGUGGAGGAUCACGAUUUGCACAGUCUGAACUAUUUACAUAUGGGGGCGGGGAAGACGUGGUAUGGCGUUCCCAGGGAAGCUGCGGUUGCAUUCGAGGAGGUCAUCAGGGUGCAUGGCUAUGGGGGAGAGGUUAAUCCUCUUGUGACUUUUGCAAUUCUUGGUGAGAAAACCACAGUGAUGUCACCUGAAGUACUUGUCAAUGCAGGAAUCCCAUGCUGCAGAUUGGUGCAAAAUGUAGGGGAGUUUGUUGUCACUUUCCCUAGAGCCUAUCAUUCAGGGUUCAGUCAUGGAUUUAAUUGUGGAGAGGCUGCAAAUAUUGCAACUCCUGAAUGGUUACGGGUUGCAAAAGAAGCUGCAGUCCGUAGAGCGUCAAUCAAUUACCCUCCCAUGGUGUCUCAGUUUCAGUUGCUUUAUGCUCUUGCUUUAACUUUAUGUUCAAGUGUGCCUACAAGUGUUGCUACUGAACCUCGCAGCUCUAGACUAAAAUAUAAGAAGAGGGGUGAAGGAGAAACAAUGGUGAAAGAGCUUUUUGUACGGAAUGUGACAGAAAAUAAUGGCCUCCUAAAUAUUCUUCUUGAAAAGGGAUCUUCAUGUGUACUAUUCCCACAUAAUUCUUCAAAGAUUUCCGUGCCUGCAAAUUUACGAGUUGCAUCCCAAAUGAAGUUGAGGCCCCGGUUGUCACAUGGUUUAAGCAGUCCCGAGGAAGCAAUGGAAGCGUCAAAAAUGUUACCUUCGAACGAUGUUAGGCUAGACAGAAGGGCACGGCUCAGGGAUCUGAGUGGUUUCUGUGCAGUGAAAGAAAAACCUGCCUCUGUUUAUGAUCAGAACGGAUUUCCAUCAUCAUGUGGAAGCGAUCUGUACACUUCCAUUCCAGAGAUGCAGAAUGCUGACACUGAAGAAGGGAGUACUUCCCAAGGUGAUGGAUUGUUUGAUCAGGGGCUGUUUUCUUGUGUCACUUGCGGGAUAUUGAGCUUUUCAUGCGUAGCUAUUAUUCAACCAAAAGAUACAGCUUCUCGAUACCUUAUGACCACAGAUUGCAGCUUCCUUAAUGAUUGGGUUGUUGGUCCAGGAGGAACAAGUGAGAGAUGUACUGUUUCUAAUUCGGAUGCAAAUAGAUCUGAGAUGAAUUCUUGUUCAGGGCGGAUUGAGAAGCGUAUUCAGGAUGCUUUGAUUGAUGUUCCAGUCCAGUCUGGUCAAUACCAAGUUCAGUUGGUAGAUAGAAGGGUUGAAGAUACUGAAGCCUGUAAAGGCAUUUCCUCUCUUGAUCUAUUGGCUUUUGCUUAUGGUAAUUCAUCAGACUCUGAGGGAGAACAGGUAGAACCUGAAAUGUCUGCAUGCAGUGAUGAAAAUGACUCAGAUGACUGUUCAGUACAAUGUAAUAGAAUACAGUCUAAGUUUGCACAUGGAAGUUUACCAUCUAAAAGUAGAUUGUGUGGUGAUUCUGGAUUGCCUUUAUUUGAGCCAAACAACCAUGAUGGAUUGGCUGGGAAUGUUUGUUAUGGUUCAUCAAGACAAGUUAUCGGGAAUGAAGUUUCUGUCCGAGUAGGUGCCUCUGAUAGUAUGCCUGGGCCUUCAAAUACCAAUUUCAGGAAGAGAAUGCAACAACCUUCUCAUUCUUCCCUAGUAAGAGCGCCAGAGGAUCUGUUGUCCAUGAAAUCAAGAAGUUUCAACGGUAAAUGUGGAGAUCCAGUGGUGCAAUCUGAUAGGCUGGUAACCAGAUCUUCUGAAGUCCAUCUUAGUGAUGUGAAGAUGGAGAGGUCAGAAAGUGGUCCUGCAUUUCACCCUAUACGUCUUAAUUCCUCACUUGUCAAUGGAAAUUGUUCUCCAGUAGCUCAUUUUUCUGAAUCAACGAAGAUUUCUAAUGCUGAGAUACCUUUCGACAACAAGAGCAUGUCAGUGAUACAUAGAUGUGAUGAUGAGUCUUCUAGGAUGCAUAUAUUCUGUCUUGAGCAUGCUGUAGAGGUGGAAAAGCAACUUAAUUCGAUUGGAGGAGUGCAUAUGAUGCUUCUAUUACACCCAGAAUAUCCAAAAGCAGAAGCAGAAGCAAAAUCAUUGGCAGAAGAGCUUGGAAUUGAUUACCAGUGGAAGGAUAUUCCAUUCAGGGAAGCCACCAAAGAGGAUCAACUGAGAAUCCAAGCUGCUCUGGAUGAUCAAGAAGCUAUACAUGGAAAUGGGGACUGGGCUGUAAAGAUGGGAAUUAAUCUCUAUUACAGUGCCAGCCUCAGCCGCUCUCCUCUAUAUAGCAAGCAGAUGCCCUAUAAUUCAGUUAUAUACAAGGCAUUUGGCCGGAGCUCUCCAGAUGAUUCCCUUGUGAAACCCAAAGUUUUGGGGAAGAGGCCUGGAAAGCAGAAGAAAAUAGUUGUGGCAGGCAAAUGGUGUGGGAAAGUGUGGAUGUCUAAUCAGGUUCACUCUUAUCUAGCUCAAAGAGAUGUUGAAGAACAAGAAGAUUUACAAAUGUCUGCAAAAGUGACACAAGUAGAUGAGCUCAAGAGGGAACAAGACAGGGACUUGGGUUUGCAACCAGAUCUUCCCAGAAGGAAAUCCUCAGUUGGAGUUAUCACCACUGUCCCUAGAAAAACUGGACGGAAGAGGAAGAAGACGUUAGAGAAGGGGGCAAUCAAGAAACUCAAGUGUCCCCCAACAAAAAGUCACAUUAAGCCUACAGAUGAUUCAUCUGAAGAUAGUUCUACCCGUGAACAAUGUAAGAGGGUUCUCAGAAGUGGACUAAUGAAACAUGUGAGGUCACAACUUAGUAAUGGUGGUGGGAAGAAUAUUGGACGAUGCGAUUCAUAUGCAAAAGACGAAACUGAUGGUGGGCCAAGCACACGUCUCAGAAAAAGACCUUCUAGGCCCUCAGAAAUCAAGGUCAAACCCAUUGGCGAGAAGCAAGUGAGGAAGAUUCAAAGGAAGAAAGCUCUAGCAAGUAAUAAUGUAGUAGCUACAAAAGAUGAGGAAGCAGAUUACCAAUGUGAUAUGGAUGGGUGCACAAUGGGUUUCAGCUCAAAGCAAGAGCUGUCUUUGCAUAAGCGUAACAUCUGUUCCAUCAAGGGAUGUGAGAAGAAAUUCUUCUCCCAUAAGUACCUGGUGCAGCACAGGCGUGUGCAUAUGGAUGACCGCCCACUGAAGUGUCCAUGGAAAGGGUGCAAGAUGACAUUCAAGUGGGCAUGGGCGCGAACGGAGCACAUCAGGGUGCACACGGGUGAUAGGCCUUACGUGUGUGGUGAGGCAGGUUGUGGCCAGACAUUCCGGUUUGUAUCAGAUUUCAGCCGUCACAAGCGGAAGACAGGACAUUCGGUGAAGAAAGGUAAAGGAUAAUGGAAAAGAGAAUUGAGGAAACUGUAAAAUAACAUGGAUGAUGAAACUGCUGUUCCAUUGGAAGUAGGUCAAGGUUAGUGGUAGGUUUAGGCAUUCUCAUGUAAUUUAUUUCAAAGUUAUGACAAUUAGAAUCUGAUUUAUGGGUCUUCAUUGGGCCUCUCUCAUUUUAGUUUAACCAAAGUAAUUGGCUGAAUUCCUACAACAGAUCCAAAGUUUGGGAUCGUCUCUGUUAUGUCCAUGAUUUGAAGUACUGGGAUCAGAUCGAGUAUUGGCUGAUCUGUAUUUAUACCUAGACAGUAUGUGAAUAGAAGAUGCUGCAAGUCUCAUUUUUGCUCA